AUGAGCCCGAAGAAAGCAGCCACUGCAGGGGAGGAUCACCAAGGUGAGUCCCCUGAAGUGCCUGCAAGUGAAAAGGGUUUGGUGUGUCAGAAAUGCUGCCAAUCCACAACCUUGAAGGAUUCCUGUGCAAACGGGCGAAAUGCCUUAAAGAGGAAUUGCUUAGAUUGUGUGGCAACUGACAAGUGUUUGAACCGAGCUUGCCGCAAACCUAAGGAAGACAAACCUGAGUCUGAGUCCCAGAAAGACCGUCGAGAGAAAGCUGAGGCUCAGAGAUCUCAGCUCAGCAAAAUGUCCAACGAAGAGAAGAGCCAAUGGUACGUUAAACAAAAAGAGGAACGUAAGCUCCAGGAACGUGGAACGAAGAGAACCUUUUGCACGGGAGUUGGCUUCGUGCAAGAGACUCAACGAACCCAGUUCUCUCAGAAUGAAUUGGAUCAGUUCCAGACUUCUGACAUGUGGUGCGAGAAGAUGAUGAACUUGAAAAAGUACGACAGCCUGGAAGCAGCCGAGGCUGCUUUCAGGAUUGAAUGCAAGAAACCAGGAGCAAAGACCAAGGUUUGUCGAGGCCAGACACUGCUGGCUGUGUUCCAGGGAAUUGAAAUCUCAGCCGGGGAAGAACAUUCCUUGGAACAUGGAGUGCGUCAGCGAGCAGAUUUGACAGAGGAGGCCGACUUGGCUGAAUUUAAGGAAGAGGCUUCCUCACGUGCCACAAAGGCAAAGUGGAGGCUUGAUGCUGACCGUCAAGCUUGCCUUGAAGGCACCCUCGAGGGCCCCACCUCCCUUCUGAAUGUGGGCCAGGACAUUCAGAAUGCAAAGGCUAUGGAAGCUGAACUGGAAGCACAGUGGAUGGAGAAUCUGGAAGCCCAACAGAAAGAGAAGAAGCAAGCCCCAAAAGCUGAGGUGAUCAAGAGCAUUGCCGUAGAAACGAUGGGGGCAGAGACUGCCAUCGAGCGAAGCUUUCAGGCCAUGAACGAUGCAGUCAGCAGACAGAAAGCACUGGCUUUGGCAGCUGCCGAGGAGUCUGCUGCUUUGGAAACAGAGCAGAUGAGAAAUGAGGCCAAUGAGCGACAGGCUACUUGCGACGAACUAUUGCCAAGGGUCUGCCAAGAGAUCGAAGAACAGAAGGCAAAGUGGGAAGAACAAUUGCAGAGAGGCAGCAACUCCAAGGAUGCUCAAGCCAUCCACACCGUGGCUGUGGAAGUGGCAAAGUCCUUGAAGGAGUGGCUGCAAGCACAGAACCAGCGAAGCGACGACGAAUCUGAGCUUAGUCUGAUGGCCAGGUACAAGAGCGCCGUGAAGGAUUGGAAGGCUUUUUUGGGAAAAUGCAAGGCGCAGAGCAAGAAGAAGGACAAGGCAGCCACGAAGGCCAACAGUUCUGCCAUGUCCAGUGCAAAGCUUUGCUCUGGCUCUUCCUGGCACAACUUGAGCUUGUGCAAGCAGGCUGCAGAUGCUUUCAAGAACAAUAGUUCUCUGCUGGUGGACAAGGGCAUGAAGUGGCAUUUGGAGAAAGAUCUGUUGCAGUCCCCUCCUGGUUGGGAGGUUGCACCAGUCACUUGGAGCGAGGGUCAGGCAGGCCCCUUCUGCACUUCGAUGAGCGACCAUGAGUACUACAAGUUCCAAAAAGUUUGGGUGGCAGAGCAAAUGAAGAAGACUGGUGCUGCUGGAUUCUUGUCAGCUGCAAUUACCAAGACUGUGAUUGCAAAGAAGGUGGGAGGCCUCUGGUCCAAGCUCUGCUCUCAAGAAGCUUUGUCCUGGCUGACUACCGAUGAUGCCUCUGUCAAGGAACUGUUCACUCCGCAGUUUUUCCAGCAGGCUGAUCAAAGUUGCCAAGUUUCCCUGCAUGCUGAUUUUGGCAUGCCCGAUGCCAGAUUGCUGUUUGAAGGCACCAUGUGUUUGGUUGGCUUCCCCAAGAGCAAAGUGCCUGGCCAAACCUUGAGCGAGAAACGAGCCUGGUUGCAGAACGCCACAUGGGAUGCCUUUUCUGCACAAGCCUCGUGGAGCGUGGUUCUGAAGAGUGGCAUGGGAGUGGUCAUCCCUGGAGAUCACUGCUUCCUGGCGAUGGCAUUGAGCGAGUGCCAUGGUGGAAGGAUUCAUGUGCUCCUAGAGCAACAUGCCCUCCGAACCAAGGCCAUCUGUGAGGAAGAGGUUGCUGACAAUGCAGCCUUAGGUUCCUUGCGCACUGGAAAGUUGCUGGCAGCCUUGGAAUCCAAGCUUGCCGAGCUUUCGGAAGCAGGACCUGGGCCAAGGAGUGAAGCCGUCAAGGCGAGUCAAGAGCAUGAGCUGGAGCUCACCCACUGCCUGUCAGGCACCAAGACAUUGGCACUAUGCUUGGCAGUGUAA